AUGACGCCGCAGACAGCCGCAGCCUUUGAGUUCUAUGCGUCCGAGGUGCCCGAGCAGUUUAGGUUGCACAUGCAGGCCGCCCCCGAUGGUGCCGGGUUCGGCGCAGCCGCCACACGCGCGUGCCUCCUGGCUUGGGGGGCGGACACCAAGCAGGCGACAGCAGCAUGGGUGGCCAACCACUUCAGAUGGGUGGUGUGGAAGCUGGCGGCGUACGACAGAAAGCUUCUUGGAAGCUGCGGCGCCCAGUGCCUGACGGUGGACAACGUGAUGGACCAGCUGCAGCGCAGGUACCACACCGAGGUCACCUGCGGCGUCCCCUCUGUCCUGAAGCGCGUCCUGCAGCACGACCUCGGGGCGGGCAUGCCCAUGGUGCUCGUGGUGUCGGACGUCCGCACCAACGCAGAGGGCCGCGGACGCGGCGCAGCCGACGGCGAGCAGCCGCAGCGGAAACAGCGGCAGCAGCAGCAGGAGGGGCAGCAGCAGCAGGGGCAGGAGCGGCCGGCCGAGGGCGGCGGCGGGCAGCAGCGGGAUCGGGAGCAGCAGGGGGCGGGCGCGGCGCAAGUCCUUGGGAUUCAGCUGUCUGAUGGGUGGUAUCACGUCAACGCGUGCGUGGACGAGCCCAUGGCACAGCUGCUGCUCAGCGGGCGGCUGCAGGUCGGCUGCAAGCUGCGCGUCUGCUGCGCCGAGCUCGUCUCUGGCCGCCCCGACGAGCCCCUUGAGGCGGCGCGGUCGGCGCUGCUGCGCAUCAACUACAACGGCUGCUCUCCGGCAGCGUGGGACGAGCGGCUCGGCCUGGCAGCGGUGCCCUACACACUCAGGCCCCUGCAGCAGCGCCGCUACCCGACCGUCUUCUGCCGCCGCGCGGAGGUGGAGGGCGGCCGCCCCACCUACCUCACGCGGCGCGCCAUGGCGCGAGACGAGGGCGCAGCGGAGCGGCGGGCAGCCAAGGCGCUGGAGGAGGCCACCAAGGCGGUGCAGCAGCAGGAGCUUCAGCUGGCGCGGCAGUGGAAAGCGCAGCGCGCCGCGACGCCCGCCCAGAAGCAGUACGCCGCCGCGCUGCUGGGCGCCGGCGGCGAGGCGGUGCCCUCCGCCAUCGAAGGCGGCUGCGGCACGGCAGCGCUGGAGGCCUUGGCGGCGGAGCGCCAGGCGUGCAUGGUGCGCGAGGUGGAGCGGCGUGUGGCGCUCGCGACGGGCGGCGCCGCUGCCUGCGGCGACCCCGACGCUGCGCCCGAGCGGCCGUCGCCGGUGCUGCGCAUGCGGCUGUCUGGCGUCGUGCCGUCCACGAUUGACCAGCGGCGGCCUGGCGGCGCGGCGGGCCUUGGGGACGCGAUCCUGCGGCUCUGGAGGGUCUCUGAGGAGGAGGAGGGGAGCCUUCGCGAGGGGGACGUGCUGCGCGUUACGGGGCUGCGGGCGUCGCGGUCUGUUGACCUGGGCCUGGGCCGCAUGCUGCAGCUCGACAUGACGAAGCUGACGCGGUGGGAGCUGCUGUGUCGUGCCCCUGACGCCGCGGCGGCCGGCUACCUGCUGCGCUACGAGCCCCGGCGCGUGCUGACACUGCAGGACCUGUCCAGCUCCUGCCUGGAGGCGGCUGCCCGCGUCGCCCGCGGCGAGUUCGACUUCGUCGGCCUGCUGCUGUGGGCUGCGCCGCUGCAGGAGGCAGAUACGCGCGGCAACGUCAGACAGUGGCUUUUCCUUGCGGAUGAGACCGCGCCAGGCAUCAGCAGCGGCGGCGGCGGCGGCAGCGGCGGUGAGCAGCUGCCCAAUGACGACACCAAUGAAGCCGUGGUCCUCGAGUCUGGUGAGGCGGCAGUCGCCUUCUCGGCGCCUGCCGCCGAGGAGGACGGCACAGACACGCCCGCGCUUGAGGAGAAGGUCGCGUCGCCCACAUCUGCCGGAGAGACCGCGGCCGAGCCCGACGCCGCCACCGCCAACGGCGAGACCACUCCAGUUGACGAGAAAGUCUACAUGACCACUUCUGCCGUGGAAGCUGUGCCCGAGGUCACGGCCGCCGCCGUCGACACAGCCCCAGAGGGACAGAAAGUCCCUGUGACGACUUCCGCUGUGGACGCCACGCCCCAGCCCGAGGACACACCCACUGACGCCGUCGACGCUGUGCCGACGGCUGACAUGGUCAAACGCACCUCUGACGGCGAGGAGACCCCCGAGGCGCAGCCAGUGUCGGUCACAAAUGCCGAGCCCUCAACUGCCGAGCCCUCCACCGCCGAGCCCUCCACCGCCGAGCCCGCCAAGGAGGCCGCCUCUGAUGACGCCGAGGCCACCGGCACAGAGACCGCCGAGCCCAUGGUCGACGACGACGCGCCCGCUGGCGCGGCCAACGAGAUCAAAAUCGAAGUCCCUGCAGUUGUCCAAGACAUCUUGAACCUCAACCCCGUCGGUGCUGUCGUUGACGCAGUCACCCAGGCCGUGGGCGUUGUUGACGAUGUCCUUGCCACUGCCGCCCGCGACACGGCCCAGGCUGUAGCCGACGCCGUCGCCAACCCAGCCGCAUCCAACUGGGGCACCGUCGACUCCGUCUUGAAGCAGCUUCCUCUUGUCUGGACGGUGGAGCCCCAGGACGGCAAGUGCCCCGCCGGCUACUAUGUGGAUGGCGCGCUGUGCCGCCGCUGUGCCCAGGGACACGUACGCGCCAUCGGCGACGACACCUGCAAGAUCUGCCCCCCUGGCACGUUUGCGGACAUGCAGCUCCAGGAGUGCCGCCCCUGCGCCACUGGCAACUACGCCUACUGGCACGCCUCGACCCGCUGCCUGUGGUGCCUGCCCGGCACGUACGCCGACCAGCUGGGGAGCACCAAGUGCAAGCGCUGCCCCGACGGCACCCACAGCGGGUACCAGGCCGACAAGUGCACAUGA